AUGAGUGUAGCCUUUGUAUUUGGGAAAAUGACUGAGAGUCGAGGGAUCUUGGAGAGUAUACAGAAAUUUUCUUUACUGCCAACUUACUUGCCCGUGACCUAUCGUAUCCACAAUGCGGAUGUUUCCUUCUUUCUUAAGGAAGCCAACCAGGAUAUUAUGAGAAAUUCUAGCUUGCAGUCCCGAGUGGAAUCCUUUCUGAUCUACAAAUCCAAGAGGCCACCUGUGUUAAAUGCCAGCUAUGGACCUUUUUCCAUUGAACAAGUGGUGCCCCAGGACUUAAUGUUGUCUUCGAAUCCAUUUGGAUCUACUAACAAGUUCUCCUUUAAUUGGAAACUUCAGGCCUUUAUAAUGCGUGACAAAAUUUACCCGAGCAAGCCCAAAGUGCAGGUGCUGUUCUACGUCGUGGGCAGGGACUGGGAUGACUACAGCACCACGGAGCAGCUGCCCUGCCUGCGGGUGUUUGCCUUCCGAGAGACGCGGGAGGUCAGAGGCAGCUGCAGGUUGCAAGGGGACCUGGGCUUGUGCGUGGCAGAGCUGGAGCUCCUGCCAAGCUGGUUUAACCCCCCUACGGUUGUUGCUGGCCGUAAGAAACAAGUGGAUCAGUCUGAAGGGAGUCCUGUGGAGCUUUACUAUGCCAUACAAGCAGGAGGUGAGAAGGGGGAAUGUACCAAGGAGGAUGUAAGGAAAAGUAAUGGGAUCCGACCAGGACGCAAUGACAUUGAUGAGUCUGGACCUCCCUUGCAGAGGAUUGGAAGUGUUUUCCUUUACCAGACACAUGCUGGGCCUUCUCUGUAUGAAAUGAGAUUGGAUAAUAAUAUUGCCAUCCGGUAUACACCAAAGACUGUCAAGCAAGGGGACAUUUUGACUUUCCUUGUAUCUGUUGCUAAAAAUUCAACAGAAGAUCAAUUCACACUGAGGGCAAAGGUGAAGAAAGGUGUGAACGUUUUCGGUGUAAGAGCCAGCAGCCCCUACUUAUGGGACAUCAGAGAGAGCAUGGAUUAUACCGGGAAAUACGCGCCAGCUGUUAUUGUUUGCCAGAGGAAAUCUGCUGCCUCUGAAAACAGUGCGGAUGGUCCUUCCUCCGAAAUUAUGCAGAUUGAUUUUGAAAUUGAAGACUUAGCUGACAUACCUGGGACCCAGCUCAUCACAUGGCAGGUAGAAUAUCCUGGAGAUACAACAUCUGAUCUAGGAAUCUCCAAGAUCUACGUGAGCCAGAAGGACCUAGUAGGAGUUCUCCCUUUGGCUAUG